GUCCUCCUCUGAUUGGCUCUUAUGUUCUGUUUCCAGGAUGGGACCGCUGAAGGUGGAGAGGUGGUGAAUGGAGUGUCGGAGCCCAGCCCUACGGGGUCUCCAGGGGGCGCUCGCAAGGGCAAGAUCAGCCAGGCGGCAACGCUGCCGGCGAAGACCCAGCUGGACGCCCCCCCCUCCCAACUGGAAGCAUUCCUGCACCGCAAACACGAGUGGGAGGGACACAACAAGAAGGCUUCAAGCAGGUCGUGGCACAACGUGUACUGUGUGAUAAACCAGCAGGAGAUGGGCUUCUAUAAGGACCAGAAGAGCGCGGCUCAGGGCAUCCCGUACCACAGCGAGAUCCCCGUCACUCUGAAGGAGGCCGCCUGCGAGGUGGCGCUCGACUACAAGAAGAAGAAACACGUCUUCAAACUCAAGUGAGAAUCUGGAUAACUGAUCU